AUGAAUGUUCUAGUGUGGAACUGCCAGGGAGCGGCGUCACGUUCGUUUCGCCGCACUCUCAAACAGUACCUCCGUGAGCACAAGUCUGUCAUUACUUGCCUCCUAGAACCCAGGGUCUCCGGGAGUCAAGCUAAUGACAUUUGUUUUGAUUUAGGUUUUGAUGAAUGGUGUAGAGUCGAGGCCGUUGGCUUCUCUGGAGGUAUAUGGGUGCUAUGGAAAAGUACCAUUUCGGUUACAAUCCUGCACACCCACCCUCAGUUUAUUUUGCUAGAUAUUGUCGAUUCAGAUUCUCUUUUGUGGAAAUUUUCAGUGGUUUACGGCAGCCCUGACCAUUCCCUUAGAAACGAGUUAUUUUCUUGCCUCUCACAUGAUGCGCUAAAUCUGCAGGGCGCAUGGCUUACAGCAGGUGACUUCAAUGCGGUUACUUGCAAGGACGAAGUAUCUAAUGGAUCCAACCUUGCUUCUUCAAGAUGUGCAAGCUUCAAAGAUUGGCUCUCCAAGGAAGGAUUGAUUGGUCUUGGAUAUUCUGGCCCCAAGUUUACUUGGUUUAGAGGCUUGUCUCCAUCAUCGUUCAAAGCUGCCCGCCUGGACCGCGCUGCUUGCAAUCUGGACUGGAGAAUUCUGUUUCCGGACGCAGAUGUUACUCACUUGCCCAUAGCAAGCUCGGACCAUGCCCCAUUACUUAUCCGCACCAGACCUUGA